AUGCGUUAGUGUCUGCCAAUUGUCGAACAGUUUGGUUGCAUUCGAAUAUAACCUAUUAUUUAAUAACAAUAAUAAGAAUCUUGAUUAUUCUGGAAGUAUUCUUAAUUUAAUAAAAUGUCGACUGAAAAAGUAAAUAAUGAAUGUGAAUCAAUUAAAGAUACUGAAUUGUCACCUGAAAUGAAACAAGAACUUAAAGACAGAGCUGAAAGAAAUAGACAAAAAGCAUUAUUAUUGAAAAAGUCUAAAGUAGUUGUUCACCCAUACAAUAAAGAAGAGAACAAUGAAUCAUCUACGGGUAGAGCAAUAAAGGUUCAAGGAAAACGUGUUGUUGAUAGCGGAGGUGGAUUUCUUAUAGAAGAAAAUGAUGAAUUGGAAAAUGAAAUGUUGAAUAUCGUUACACAACCUGCACCCAUUAUUAGUGCAUUACCAAUUUGUGAUGAAUGUAGUAAAGAAUUUAAAGAUUCUUACCUUCUUCAGACUUUUAAUCUACAAGUAUGCGAUUUGUGCAGAGAUAGUGAGGGCAAACAUUCUCUAAUAACAAAAUCAGAAGCUAAGCAAGAAUAUUUAUUAAGGGAUUAUGAUUUCGAUAAAAGAGAACCAGCGUUAAAGUAUAUCACUAGAAAAAAUCCUCAUAAUCCACAUUGGGGUGAAAUGAAAUUAUAUUUACAUUUGCAAGUAGAAGAGAGAGCAUUGGAGGUUUGGGGCACAGAAGAUAAUUUAUUAAAUGAAAAAUUAAAGCGCGAGGUGAAACGAGAGGAAACCAAAAUGAAAAAUUUUAAUAAAAAAAUAAAGAGGCUAAGGAUGCAAGUAAGAAGUUCUCUCUAUAAUAAAUCGACUAAGGCUGAUCAUGUUCAUGAAUUUGGAGAGGAAACUUACAAUGAAGAUGAUGAUACAUAUUCCCAUACAUGUUUGUCGUGUGGGUAUGAUGAAACAUUUGAAAAAAUGUAAUGUCUCUUUUGUAUAUUUUUUAUAUUUUUAUUAAACUAAUUCGAAUCAUU